GCAGAGCGGCGCAGAUCAGUGCGGUCGUAUUUCCCCAAAGUAAAAACAUAUUCCUGCAGAGAUCAAAGAGCUUGAGCCACUGCUCGGAGUGUCACGAGCAACAGCAGCAGUUUUCUGCUUUAUCGUUUAGAAACGCCAUGGACUGGAACAAAGCAGUGGCCGUGGCGGACUUAGAGCCAGGCGAUCACAUCUAUGUUUAUCUCAACCAGCUAACACGAGCACAGCCGAUUGCUGAUCAGGAAGUAACAGCGCAAGCAUCUCACCACGGCAUAUUCGUAGGCAACGACGAGGUAGUGCAUUUCUGCGGGCCCAGUACAAGAGUGUCAAGCCUCAGUGAGGCCCCUACAGAUGACACGGCCACAAACAAGACUACCAGAUCACAUGUACAAGAUGCGACAGAGUCGCCGACUAAAGCACCAGUGGAAAGCCUGAGCUUUGAGAGCUCUCUGGUGCGCAAAUGUACCGUAUCUAGAUUCAUUGCGUUCGGAAGCGCCGACGAUGCUGCUCCGUCCACUGACGCCAAGGUCAAGAGGUACCGAUACGGAGUGAAGAAGGUCGAGGCAAACUAUCUGUCCAGCUUUGGAACCUGCACCACGUUAGUCCGGCAGAAACCCGACCAGAUAGUGCAGGUGGCAACAUUUUACUCCGAACACCCGCGCGACUUUGGCGACUAUGAGACAGCACGGAACAGCGAGCAUUUUGCCCUGUUCUGCUCCACCUGCGAUGUGGAAAUCGACGAGACGAGUCACCUGGCAACGCCGCCGUCACUCAUGGUGCCGCUAUUGCCGGAUGGCGUACUGAGCGCCAGCCCGGCAGCUCUGAUGCCCAACACAACGAAAGGGAAGAUAGCGGCAGCCGCGACGGCCACGUGCGGCCUGGUCGCCGCGGGAACCAUGUGGGGCGUCACGCCGGCCGUGCUGCUCGGCGGAGCCGUGUAUGCAUCCGCCAAAUAUGUCACCGGGCGCAAGAACGAGAAGGAGCAGCUGACCCAGAAGAAGACGGAAUGAUGAGCCACAGUCGCCUGCGAUACCCAGACAUGUUCAGCCGAGUAUUGGUGAUGGUUGUUGUGAUGCUCUGGCCUCCUGCUAUAUCUGCACAAUCCUACCCAGCUUCAACUAAGGGACCACAAUCCACUGUCUUACCAGUGAACACACACACACUGUACAAUGUACACGGUGCUCGUCAACUCAAGAUGGCUUGUUUUUAGGAAGUCGGUGAACUCGAACUAUGGUUUUCGACGGGACCGUUUCCGCUUGUACUACCGAAGUAUUCCCCUACUUUCAUAUGAUCUCCACCACGAGAUCCAACCUCAAUUCUUUUUUUGUCAAUUCUUGGUCAAUUGUCAAUUCGCUUACUUGUACAAUAUGGAAGGCUUUGACGCAUAGAGAUCGCUUUUCAAAAUAUAUUACAAAAAUAUGAUUUGUUCUUCCAACGUAUUGGCAAAGACUA